CAGAUAUUUGCCCCAUCCGGCCUCGACCAUCCAAAAUAACCCCAAUGGUCUAGAUUCUUACCGUCCAAGAUGCCCCUCCCAUCCGAUAACCAACCUCCCACCAAGAAUAUCCUCAUCACCGGCGCGGGCGGACUCAUCGGCCCCCUCCUCGCAGCCCGCCUCCUUUCUACGCCGGAAUACCGCCUCCUCCUCACUGACCUCGCCGACCCCAUCAUCCCGCCCAACUCAGCCCACCCCGAACACGCAACUACCCUCAAAGGCGACAUCACCUCCCCCGACUUCAUCACCACCCUCCUCACCCACGAUGCCAUCCAGCCCCUCCACGCAGUCUUCCUCUUCCACGGCAUCAUGUCAGCCGCCAGCGAAGCCAACCCAGCCCUCUCCCUCCAAGUAAACGUCGACUCGAUCCGCGCGCUCACCGCCGCCCUGCAAACCCACCACCGCGGCGUGCGCGUCAUCUACGCCAGCUCGGUCGUCGUGUUCGGCCCGCCCUUCCCGACCCCCGCCCCGGCGACCAAAAUCCCCCCUUCCUGGGCGCCCACGCCCCAGAGCACGUACGGCGCGCACAAGCUCGUCAGCGAGGUGCUGCUGAACGAGGCGCACCGGCGCGGGGGGCUGGACGUCGUCGUCGCCCGCCUGCCCACCGUCUCGGUCCGCCCCGGCAAGCCCACGGGGGCCGCGUCUAGCUUCCUGAGUGGGAUUAUUCGCGAGCCGAUGCAUGGCGCCGAGUGUGUGGUGCCGCUGUGCGAUAGGGGGUUUCGCGCGUUUCUGGCGUCGCCGCGGACGGUGGUGGAGAACUUGGUAAGGGUGCUCGCGUGGGAUAGGGGGGUUCUGCCGGGGCAUGUGCGCCAGGUACUGUUUCCGGGGAUUGCGGUCAGUGUUCAGGAGCUGAGGGAUGCGCUGGCGAAGUAUGGCGGGGAGGAGAGGCUGGGUUUGAUUAAGGAGGUGCAGGACGAGGGGUUGGAGAGGAUCUUGAGGGGGUGGGCGGAGGACUUUGACAUCGCCGAGUCGCUGCGUCUGGGGUUGGUGGUGGACGAGAGCGGGGAUGGGUUGGUGAGGGAGUAUGUGGAGGGGUUGGGGAAGUGAGGGAGCGAGCGGCUUGGGUUUUGGUUCUACACCAUCACGAUGUUGGGCAGUUGGAGUUCCUGGUGGUGGCCGCCGUCAGUCCGCCAACCGGCCACCUAAUGGGCAUUUAGCGAUUGGCAUUGCCCUGUGACAGUUGCUCAAUGUCGUCACAUGCGACAUCGUUCCCUCCCGUCACACGGCACGAUCCGAGCGAGACACAGCAAUCUGCGAACAUAUUACAAUUGCGCCAUGUAAAGAACACGCAAUCUACGUCCUA